GCAACAGUUGAAAAAGAAAACACAAGUAUAAAACAACAAGAGAAUCCUAAACGCGCUUCGCUACUUUCUCUUUCAAGCACUCACUCCUCGUGCUCAUUGUUUCUCUCCGCCUCUCUCUUUCUCUGUGUUAUUUUUUGUUGGUGAACCACAAGCCAUGGCCUCUAUUACUGGACCUUCAAUCUCCAUUACCUCUUUCUCAACCUCCCUUAAGCUUCCCACCCAGACAUCAAGCAAUGGCAUCUCUAGUCUGAGGUUGGUUUCUCUUCCAAUUAGCGGGAGAAGCUACCCCUCUCUUAGAUUGCAAAAGAGUUCAUCUCGUUUCCGAGUUUCCUGUGCGCAGGCCAAGCCAGAGACACUGAACAAAGUUUGUGAAAUUGUGAGGAACCAGCUGGCUCUGGCACCUGACACUGUUGUCAAUGGAGAGUCAAAGUUUGUUGCAUUGGGAGCUGAUUCUCUCGACACGGUUGAGAUUGUAAUGGGACUUGAGGAGGAAUUUGGAAUCAGCGUGGAAGAAGAGACCGCCCAGAGUAUUGUCAGUGUUCAAGAUGCUGCAGAUCUGAUUGAGGAGCUUCUUGAGAAAAAAUAGAAGUGCUUGAAAUGAUACAAAGAGCUGAAGACGUGGUAGUUCUAUAUCUUAAUGUUUUUCUUUUAGGGUAAACAAAUAUAAAAUAACUCAUCCAAGUGCCUUGUUUCAAUUUUCUUUUAUUCUAAGUUAUCUGCUACUCAGAAAGAACUUGUGUAUCAGGCCUCAUUGUUAUGUUAGUUAUGAGUCAAUAUAUCAUCAAUGUGUGAUAAGUAUCAUUUUCUUUCUUCCCCACUUUUCCUGUGGAACAUUCCAAUGCUAAAACAGCAUAAUUCUUAAGGACAAUGGGUAGUGUCUUUGUGUGAA